UGACACUUUUUAAACUUGUCAAAAGAACGAAACAUCUUAAUAUACUUCAAGAAUAUUAUUAGUAAGGAAAGAUGGCCUCGUCUGUCGUUGGCGUCUUGACGGAUAUAUCUGAUGAGCCGUCACUUUCAGGAAAAGAAAGGCUGUUUAUACAUGAGAUCCAGAUUGGCGCUACUUUUGGUCAGAAAUACAUCAAGUGCAAGAUCAACAAAAAGUUUGCCCUGUACUCAUCUGAAAUAUGCACCAGGAUGAAACUGAUUCUUGAGGAAGCGGAGGAUGAGGUGGGGAUGGGUUCUGGACCCCCAGCCAGAAUUAGUCUCUUCCUAAACGGUGCCUUUGCAGAAGAAUUUGUUCGGGUCAACGACACGGAUACUGUCGUAAUAUCCCAGGCAAUAAUAAGUAAAUCAUCCCACUUUAGGAGAGAUGGGAUUCAUCCGUGCAUUAUCGACGUUGACAUUGUCAAGAGUAAACCAUCAGUAUGGGUUAUACCAGCCAAGAAACAGAAACCGGCCGAACCACAAGUCUGUAAUAAUCCAAGGAGGCGAAAUACGCAAGGCGCUCGUGCCAGAUUGUUUCCAGAAGCAACAACAAGCGAAGAAGAGGUGUCCUCUUCAAGAGCCGCUCCGUCAACGACCUCUGCUCCACCCAAUGUCAGUAUUUCGGCUAUCACAGGCAGAAAUGUAGAGCAGAGUAAUGUGAUAACGGCAGGGCGUGCUAUGGACGCAUGGACAGUGCCAAAACACUCGCCUUCAAAGGCUAACUACGCCUACACCCUUCUCAAGGACCUGAGGGUUACCUCUAAGGUGAACAUCUUUGGGGUCGUCAAAUUUUUCAAGCCACCCUAUAAGACGAGAGGGCCUGACUAUUGUAUGAUGGUGACCUUGAUUGACCCCAGUCUUGUCAAUGACCAACGUGGGUUCCGGUGCCAGCUGUUUCGUGACGAGCUGGAAGCACUACCUCAAAUCCAUUCAAUUGGGGACAUAGUGCGCUUUCAUCGCCUUAGAGUUACAGAGUUCAACGGCAACAUGCAGGGGCAGCGAGGCGACGGCUUCCAGUGUCUUGUCUUCGGAGGGGGUCUCAAUGACUCUGAUGAGCCUCGAGCAUCCACGUCAAACUUCACCCUGACGAGUGAAGAUAAAGACAGGGUGAAGGAGCUGAGGCAGUGGACAACUCGUUGUACCCAGCUAACCCUGGAUAUUCCUUACUGCACCCUGGAGAGAUGCUACUCCGGUCAGUAUUUUGAUCUGGCCUGCCAGGUGAUCUCGGUGGCUAUACUUCCUGCUGAGUCGUGUGUCGUUGUCAAGGUGUGGGACUCCACCAAAAUAAAAUGCCCUACACGCGUCAUGGACAUCAGCAAGGCAACCAAUGUCAUGAAUAGACCGACUCUUGCUGAUAGGGCAGAAGGGCUGAGCGUGGACGUGUCUCUGUAUGACAACCAUAUGGAGGCUGGAAAGUUGCUGAAGCCAGGGCAGUACAUUAAGCUGUGCAACCUUCAUGCAACCAACUGGAGAGACCCAGGACAGCAACAUGAACAGGAAGAAAAGAGUAUUCUAGAGCUGGUCCUUCACAAGGGGACGUCAUACGGGCGUGGUGUUCUCCUCCUGAGACCAGAUAAGGAGAAACAGGUCAAGGAGAUGAUCAGCCGCAUGGACCAGAUCGCCAAAGACUUUGGACAGAGAAGAGCUGCAGCCUUACAGGCUGCAAGUGCAGCAGCAAGUGCAGCAGCAAAUAAUCAGUCAACUUCAGGUACUAGACCGAAGGACUCUACGGCACAGAUUGCAAGUACAGCUACCACUAGUCAGUUGACUACAGGUACCAGACCCAUGGACGCUCAAGCCCAGAUGGCAAGUGCAGCUACAGCUAAUCCAUCGACAUCAGGUACCAGACCAGUAGAAUCUCCAGGAAUGCAAGCGAGAACCGACAGUCCAAGCGUUUGCAUGCAACGAUCAGCAUCGGUGGUUAACUACACCUUCCACCAAAAGAUCACUCGCCUUCAAGAUGUCAUCCAGUCCAAAUCGCCAAACAAAUUCCGCAUCCGAGCCAAAGUAGCCGACUAUCUCCCCAAUGACGCCAAUGACUUUGUCCACCUGCACUGCUCCGUCUGUAAAUUCAGAUGCAAGGUGCCAUCAAACAUAAAGCCAAGACCAACACAGUCCGAAUGUCCUUCAGAAAAGAGCAAUUCUAAGAAGGAGGAGCGCAAUCAGAGAACCGGUUUACAGGAAAGUGAUGGAUUGACGGACAGCAGGGGAAGAAGCCGUAGAAUCCAAACCAGAAGUGCAUCCCAGAGGAGAGCUGUAGCCACAAAUGCGGAGAGUCGCGUCGGCAUGGUGACUCGGAGUCGGCAGUCUGAAGACACUGGAGAUUCCUCGUCUGCAGACAGCUCGCCAAGCAGACCGGUUAAACCCAGGGGCAGGCGGUUGAGAGCCAAGAAGCGCCCUGCAUCAGAGAAUGAUGAACGGCUCGCUUCAGAGAGUACCACCCAAAAAGAGAAUCUCCCGGGGACGUCCAAGUCAACAGCAUCGGACAAGACAAUGACUGUGACGACUUCUCGUGGGGUGACUAUAACAGUAAAGAUACCCAGCAGUAGCGAGGACGAAGAGGUAGACGGAGGCAAGAGCAGGAAGAAGAUCCGAGUGGAAGUUGGUCGAUUGACGCUGACAGAAGCGUUGCUGCUGAACCGUCGAGGAAUGACUUUGUUCAGUCAUCCCUACCAGCCGACCGGCAUUGACAGGGAAGGGAGUGAUCCAGAGCUAGGGGACAAAGUGCACUACGCCUGCCCCAAGUGUUUUCCCAUUAAUGACGAAAACCCACAGGCAGCCAUUCCAGAUGAUGCUACAUUGCUUGAGUAUAGGUACUGCAUGAAGCUAAUACUAGAUGACGGCACAGCUUCAAUUGAUGUCAUCGUGGAUGGCGAGCAUGGGGAAACCUUCUUCCAAGGGAUACCAGUCGACAAUCUCUACACCUCCCCAGAUACCAAGUUCAUGCUGGAGAAAGUCAUGGCCAAACUCUGCCCGUUCCCAAUCGGUCAGGGCUUUGACAGCCCAGAUGAGGAUACAACCACAGCUAUAGGUGACCAUAUGACCCAUCCAUGGCUUGAGUGCUGCAUUUUUGCUUACCCAGUCCACAUGGGUAACGAAGAGGUCAUCAAAUAUAAGAUGUUUGACACUUCUUUGGCUCUUGAUGUAGAGUAAGAUUUGGGUUUUUUUUUUAUUGCUGAGGAGGGAAAGUUCUCUGAGCCUCUUUCGUAAAUCCUGGAGAUUGUUCAGAAAGUCUACACAACAGCUACACUGGCUAGAUUUCCACGUCAUCAUGCGUUAAGGUAUAGGGCAACCUUAGAAAGACCCUUAUUAGCAACAGCCGUAGCCGUCGAUGUAGACGUAGAUGCCAAUUCUUCGUUUUAAGACACAGGCAUGCAACUGUUCCUGGGAUCAGCUGAUUUUUUAUUUUUUUUGUUUUUCUUCCUUCCUCAGUCUCAGUUUUACCAUUCAAAAUAGAAAAAUGCUAUUCCAAAAUGUAUACAUUUUGUAACUACCUUUUUUCUGAAGUUACAUUUGCAUGCCUGUAGACACUGGGUUGCAUUUUUGCGACCGGAUUCAGAAACUGUUUUUGUCAUUGGCCAGUGAAAAAAACAAAGCCCAAGGCAACCAAAACGACUAGUGGUUUCAACCCACAAAACACACCCCUGGUUAAGCAAUGGAUCUGUGACGUUCUCAAAUUUUGGCGGUAUCUGGGGGCACUUUCAUAGAGCUGCUUAGCGGCCGAUUUUGUGUUACUGUGCAAAUUUCCAUUUUAUAGCACUGCUAACCAUAAGCACACAAAAGGCAUGCUAACCUUUUGGUGCUAACUGUAUGAAAAUGACUAAAGUAACAGUACAAAUCAAUGGUGAAUACACAAGCUGGCUGCCUAAUUUUCUCGCUAUAACCUGUGAAAUAUGUAGCUUACACGUAAGCAAAAUUUUCUGUUGUAGUAAGCACACAAAUUUGCUUUCCAUUAGGGAGCUUUGUUUGGUAAGUUAUUUGCUUACAGGAAGCAAUGGGUGAGGGUUUGUAUGCCUUUUCCAUAUCCAGUGAUAUGUGGUAAGCAUUGGUAUGAAAGAGAGAUCACACUGAAAGCACAAAACAGUUUCUCGCAACUCUGAUGACCAAUUGAGCUCAAAUUUUUACAGGCUUGUUAUUUUAUGCUUAUGAUGGGAUACACCAAGUGAGAAGACUGGUCUUUGAAAAUCACCAAACGUGUACCCUCCCUUUAGGCAGUUACAAUGUAUAGGGCCUACUUAAUAUGUUUAUUAUUGUUACAGUACAUGACUUUCGUUUGACUUUCUCCUUUAUUCAUCUUCGUGUACUUGUUUCUUUAUAAUUUUGUGUAUGAUUGUCUUGGCCCAAUUUCAUAGAGGUGCUUUAGCAGAAAAAAAUGCUUAAGAACUGCGUGCUAAAGCAUAACUGAGCAGAUUACCAGUCACAAAUUGUACAUGUGAAAUGAUAGUUUAGUUGGUAAUCUUACCCUGGUGAGCAUAACUUGUUUUGUGUUAUCUACUUGUGCUUAAGCUGCUUUAUGAAAUUUGGGCGCAGGUAAAAACAAAAACAAACAACACAGGCAUGCAACUUUUCCUUGGAUCAGCUGAUUCCCUCUUUUUUAAAUCUCAGUUUCACCAUUCAAAAUUGAAAAAAUACUGAACAAAAUCAUUGACAUUUUGUAAUUUCCUCCUUUUUGGUGAAGUUACAGUUGCAUGCCUGACAACAGUAAUAUUAAAUUGGUCUCAUGAAUUAUAUUCUUUGAGAGGAGAGAAAGAAGCCAGGUAAAUGGAAACGUAUUCUUACCAAAUUGGUAUUUAGAUUUUUUUUUUUUUUUACUUUUUUAGUUCUGCCCAUGUACAAUUGAUUUGUUUUCUGAGGCAAGCCUUCAAGUUUGUUAUACAUGUACAUGUACGUAAAGAUAAUCCUAUAGGGACUCCUGAACCAGUGUUUUUUACGCUGUUACUGGGACGUAGAGAUAAGACCAGCAUUAAUUUUCAUUGCAAAGUGGGCAUCUUUGAUCAAUGAUGUUGAUACAACUAAACAACAUGACGUGAGUGAAAGUCAGCAGCUAUAGCAUAGGCAAGUAAUUGUAGGUCCCAGUAUGGUGGAAAUCACUGGUACAUGUGGUAUAUGUUUUUAAGAAUAAUCUUUAAGGCACUGGACACUGUUGGUAAUUACUCAAAUUAAUUGUUAAUGUUGGCAUUAAAACAUGGUAAAGUGCA